AUGGAUAGAAUCGCAGGUAUUCCACUUGUUUACGUGGUCAACCGCGGCAUGGCUGUCGCUGCAGAGCUUGCCACUGAUUCUCUCGAGAUCUACUUUGCCCGGUGCCUUGGUAUAGGCCUACUGACCAUUGCAGUCAUCAUUCUGAUGCUUACGGGCUCCAUCCCUUUGACGUCCUCAAUAUCAUCACCCAUAACCACCGACGAUUCGGAUCCAAGGGCGCCAUAUGCCAUUCCUACUCUGAUUGUGACAUCUCUGUUCCAUAGCGCCUCUGCUUUCAACGUGUAUAGUUGGUACAUUGUCGGAGGACAGACAGCAUUUGCCGCUGCAGUUGGUGCAAACUCUCUUCUUGCAUUCAUCGGUCUGUGGUGUGUGCUCUUCGCAAACAGCAAUGGUAAAAUUAGUACCAAAACUGGUCUUGAUAAGAGGACCGCGGGAUUUCCGUUCAAGAAUUCCGAGGCGUAUAAGAAGCAUUCAGAUAAAAAGGGUCUUUAA